AUGUCGAAGCCGAACGACGAGGGCCUGGUCUUCGAAACCUCUGAGGAUGUGGAAGUGUUGCCUACCUUCGAUGCCCUUGGGCUCAAGGAAGACUUGCUCCGAGGCGUCUAUGCGUACGGCUUCGAACGGCCCUCGGCGGUGCAGCAGCGGGCGAUUCUUCCCAUCCUCAAGGGCCGAGACGUGAUCGUCCAGUCGCAAAGCGGUACAGGAAAGACAUGCGUCUUUUGCUUGGGUGCGCUGCAGACUGUGGACACUACAUCCCGCGAGCCUCAGGCAUUGUUCCUUUCACCUACACGCGAGCUGGCGGAGCAAAGUCAAAAGGUCUGCUUGGCCCUGGGUGAUUAUCUCAACGUUCAGGUUCACGUGUGCAUCGGUGGAAAGCGUGUGUCUGAUGACAUCCACACUUUCGAAGCCGGAGUGCAGAUAGUUUCUGGCACACCUGGGCGGGUCUUCCACAUGAUCCAGCAACGCCACUUCAGCACACGCCACAUCAAGAUGUUGGUAUUGGAUGAAGCUGACGAGAUGCUCAACAGGGGCUUCAAGGAGCAGGUCUACGAUAUCUACAGAUACCUCCCGCCUUCUACUCAGGUGGUGCUGGUCUCCGCCACCAUGCCGCACGAGGUCCUGGAGAUGACGCACAAGUUCAUGAACAAUCCAUUCCGCGUCCUGGUGAAGCGUGACGAGCUGACCUUGGAAGGCAUCAAGCAGUUCUUUGUGGCAGUGGAGCGCGAACAGUGGAAGUUCGAUACGCUUUGCGACCUGUAUGACACCCUCACAAUCACCCAGGCGGUGAUUUUCUGCAACACGAAGCAGAAGGUGGACUGGCUGACGCAGAAGAUGCGCGAUGCCAACUUCACGGUUGCUUCAAUUCACGGCGACAUGCCGCAGAAGGAGCGAGAUGCAAUCAUGCAGCAGUUCCGCUCGGGCACAAGCCGAGUGCUGAUCUCCACAGACCUGUGGGGACGCGGUCUGGAUGUUCAGCAGGUGUCUCUGGUCAUUUGCUACGACCUCCCGAACAACCGCGAGCUGUACAUUCACCGCAUCGGUCGAUCGGGACGAUUUGGACGAAAGGGUGUUGCCAUCAACUUCGUCAAGAAUGACGACAUCCGCAUCUUGCGAGAUAUUGAGCAGUUCUAUUCCACCCAGAUUGACGAGAUGCCCAUGAAUGUGGCUGACCUCAUCUAG